AAAUCCUGCUUAAUAGCUCUGUGAAUUGAACUUCUAAACGCUGGUUUUCUUGUCCACAUUCAUCCAAUAAGCUGUGUAGAAACCAAUAAACCUUUAUCACCAUCUCAACAACAGGGAUCAACCCAAUUGAAGCAUCAAACCUAAAUCUCCAUCUCCAUCUCCAUCUCCAUCUCCAUCUCCAUCUCCAACUUCAACCUUGAACCCCUCCAUUCUUAUCUCAAUACUCAAUACUCAAUCUUAAUACCCAAUCUCAAACUCAAACUCUAGUUAUCUCCAUCUCAAAAAAAAAAAAAAAAAAGAAAAGAUGUCAUCCAUCCCGGAACCCCAAAAAUCCCGGAUCCUAGCGCACAUGAACUCCAGCCACACCUCCGACCUAACCCUCUACCUCCGCGCCUUCGCCGGCCUCUCCGCCCCCGAAGCCCGUGAUCCCCAACUAACCGAUCUAUCUCUAACCGCUUUAACCAUCAUCGCCACCUCCACAACCGCGUCCCCAUCAAAAACAAAAACCCACACAAUCCCCCUAUCCCCACCCCUAACCACCCCAUCCGAAGCCCGCCCCCGCCUGAUCGCCAUGUCCCAGCGCGCCCAAGAGAUACUCGGAGAGAGUCCCGGCACCACUAGCAAAUCCCUCGACUACACCUUACCGCGCGGCUGGGCCAUCGCCUCCGCCGGCGGUAUAGUGCUGUACUGCGCCAGCGUCGCCGCUUUGCCCUUCCUGCAUCCCGGCACCUUCGCUUGGCGCACCCUCGAUGCCGUCGUUCCCGCCGCCGGCUUUGUCUGGCUCGUCCGCACUAUUCUGGCCCCCGUCUUCGCCAUCCACGUCAUCGAGGCGUUCUGGAUGGCCCGUUCGCGGUUGGCGAGGCACGGUGUUCCGAUUGGGAGUAAGAAUUGGCUGCUCUGGACCACUUCCACCUUCAUGGAGGGCUAUCCGGCUAUGAUGAGGUUCGAUGAGCUAGCAGAGACCGAGAGGAGGAGGAAGGAAAGUGCCAAGCAUUGAUGGCACGAGGCGCCGUGUUAACAUGUAGACGAAAUCUAAGAACUUAGCCCACCUAGGCAGUCAUUUGUAUGCUUUAUGUCACAGUCACAGCUAAUACGAUUAAGAUUACGAGCAAGACAACAACUGUUUGGGGAAGUCGACCAUGGUUAAAUGCAUUCACCACCGGCUACUUCCAAGUUUCCAAUAUCAUAUCCCAUAUCCAUUCCCAGAACCCAUUCUUCUCACUUUCCCCUUCCCUUCAUGAGAUGAAAAUUGCUCAUCACCCCACUACAGGAAGAAUCCAAAGAAUACCUAAUAUAACCCAAAUUUCUCCGUAAAACCCAAUCCAAUGCA